CUUUCUCCUUUCUCAAUUCUCAUCUCCCCCUCCUCAUUAACAUCUUCUUCUUAUUUUUUUUUGUUUUUAGUAUAUUUCUCCGGAGAGAUUUUCAGAGGAAGAUGGCGACCACCCAUAAUGAUGAUGAUGAUGUUAAUAAACGCAGCGAGGGAGAGAAGAGAUGCUUUGAUCUUUUUGCGACGUUGCUUUUCGCAUACGGUAACGAUGAAACAAGAGCUAGACGAGAGCAAGAAGAGCAAGAGAGGAACAUGCUCAUGAUCCGCACUAUCACUAGGGCUGCCGCCAACACUUUCUUGCUAGGUAAACGAAAGAUUGAUGAUCAUGAUGAGUGCAAGAAUCAAGAAAACACUGCUUCUUCUUCUGAUUCUUCUUCGAGGAGUUUGGUAGAGUCCAAGAGGAGGCGUCGUGUGGUGGUGUCCAAUGUCGAGGAACCCAUCAGAGCAGAACCUAUUAGAGAAAUCAAACCUCCGGUUAGGGAAAGAAAGGGACCGGUUAAAAGAAAGGAACCGGUUGGAGGAGAACCAGUGGAGACCCCGGAAUGGGUGUAUAAACUGAUGGAGACAAACAAUGGUGACGGGAAAGCGAAGAUGAUAUUUGAGAAGGCGUUGACGAUGACUGAUCUCGCACCAAACCAAGCACGUCUCUUGAUGCCCUUUCUCCAAAUAGCUGAUAAGAACUUCUUGACCGAGGCGGAGCGGAAGAUCCUUAAGGAACAUCAGGAAGCAAAAAAACAUGCUAAAAAGAAAGGAGUUGAUGAUGAUAAAAAACCAAAAGGAGUUGAUGUGGUCUUGUUGAACCGUAAUGGUAUUAAAUGGAACCUUAACAUGAGGAUAUGGGAGAUGAGGUCUACUUUCAACUACGCCUUGUGUACUGGCUGGAACGACCUUGUCCGCAAAAACGACCUACAGAUAAACCAGACUAUCACCCUCUGGUCCUUCCACUCCCGUGAUGGCAAGCUCUACUUUGCUUUCGAUCUUUCCAAUCAAGAUCAUGAGGCUAUGGCUCUAGCUCUGGUUCCAGUUAACCCUGCAUCUUCAUCUGAGGAUCCGUUUGAGUGUGAAGAGGCAAGCAGGAGAUUUUAUCAAUUUAUAACGAGAAGGAGAACUCCUCGAGUUUGUGUUCAAAUCAUAACAAACGAUUCUGGUUACCUCGAGGGUGGUUUGGAUCUGAACAGAACACCACCUCCAGAUCUUGAUCUCGAGGAUGUACAAGAGACGCAUGUUAGGAGUAGUACCUCACAGGAAUCCCUCACUGAGACCUCACUAGCAUCCUGGAGAUUCCUUGAGGAGGGGGAAACAGCUGUGCUCUAUGAGACUUAAAUCAUUUUAUUGUUAUUCUAAACCCUCUAGUCUCGGCCGUGUCACGCAAGUAGUUUCUUUUUUUAGGCAUUCAAAAGGAUUUUUUUUUAUUGUUUUGAGUUUUUGGUCCACUACUACUACUCUUGGAGUGUUGUAGUUUCCUUAAUGGGAUGAAUGGAUAUAACAUUGUUUAUUUUUA